CGUAAUAGAUGAAGUCAUCUCCUGUCAAAUGUUUGCCUAUUUUCUGUCAAAACAAAUUCAUUGAUAAUAAUUUCCAAAUUAAAAAAUAAAUAGGUAAUUGUUAUAUUAUAACUGUGCAAAAUGGGUCUUUUUGGAAAAUCUCCUGAAAGGAAUCCUAAAGAAAUGGUAAACGAGUGGUCACAUAAGAUACGGAAAGAAGGAUAUAACUUGGAUAGACAAAUUAGAAGUAUACAAAGAGAAGAGGAUAAGAUUAAAAGAUCUCUAAAGGAAGCUGCAGCCAAGAAUGACAAACAAGUGUGCACAAUACUGGCUAAAGAGAUCAUUAGAUCUCGGAAGGCUAUCAGUAAAAUAUAUACAACCAAAGCACAUCUCAAUUCUGUGCAAAUGCAGAUGAAAAAUCAAUUAGCCACAUUAAGAGUUGCUGGGUCAUUGCAGAGGUCAACUGAGGUAAUGCAAGCGAUGCAAACACUGGUCCGUCUCCCGGAGAUAGCGGCCACCAUGCAGGAGAUGAGCAAGGAGAUGAUGAAGGCUGGCAUCAUUGAGGAGAUGCUGGAUGAGACCAUGUCAGGCAUGGAGGACGAGGAGGAAAUGGAGGAGGCGGCGCAGAGUGAAGUUGAUAAGGUAUUAUGGGAGCUAACACAAGGCAAGUUGGGCGAGGCGCCGGCGCCCCCCACCGCCGUGGGCGCUCCUUCCACCAGCAAGGAGGAGGACGUCGUGCCAGAGACCACCGAGAGUGAACUGGAUGAGAUGGCGUCACGGUUAGAGGCACUCAGGUCUUAAUACUACGGCGGUUGUGUUCAUAGACAUGUACCAAGUGUCGGAGACAAGAUAAGAGAAGGCUGCCACUCCAAGCCGCCACGGAUUGACAAUUGCCUUAGAACAAUGUAAAUAAUUGUUGAUUGUAUGUAUGUAAUUAUGUUUGUACGUCCGUACGAGAGGUUUACAACUAAUUGUAAUUUUAUUGUCAUGUUUAUAGAGUUCAUUUUGUCACUGAGAGAUUUUAAAUUAUAUUCUGUUUGGGAGAAUUUUAGCCCUAGCUGUUUAGGGGGUAGUGUUUUAUAUGAAACUUAGUGCCGUACUGCGAUUAAAUGAUUACUUAAACUAUACCUUAUUGACUCCAAGUGCGGUGGUUAGUACUUUCAUUGUGGGUAUUAGCUCGCAUUAUUUCAGGGAUUUUUAAUGAUUUAUUAAUUAAUCUACUGGUCUCACACAAAUUAUUACUUACGUAUGUAAAGAUUUUACGUACCUAAGUUGAUGUAAACAUUCUAUUGAAUCAGAGAUAGAGAUUGAUGUUGAGGAGGUACGAAAACUUGUUUCUUUUAACGAAAUGCCCCAAUUAAUAUUGUAAUGUCGUCCAAAAUAGUCCAAUUCAAUACUAAUAUAGGGUGACUGAUAAUUAGUGACCGAUAUUUAAACACGUGAUUGUAAUCGUGAUUACAAACAACUUUCACAAAGAAACUUUUUUGUACCUAUAGUUUUAUUUUUGUCACAAUAAAAAGCAACAUAAUUUCGCGCACUAAUUACCAGUCAUCCUAUAUACAGACAGACGAUAAACCACCAGAUAUUAUACUACAUAAAUGAAGUUAAAAAUUUUACGUAAAGGAAUAUUGUUAGGUGACAAUUUUGGUUUAGCUUGAUAUUAUAUUGUUGUAUGAAUCUGAUAAAUUUCGAAUAAAUGGUACAAAUUGGCUUUUUUUCAAGAAAUUAAUGUGUAUGCGUUUGAAAAUGGCUUGUUGACGCAUUUUUUACCGUGCACUGUUAUUGUUAACGAAUUUAAAGUAAUAUAUUUAUAACCAACGCGAAACGAAAAGCGUAAUAACGUCUUUGUACUUUUAAUAUUUUAACCGACUUCCAAAAAUACGAGGUUUUCAUUUCUAAGUAGAGCUGCGCGACGUCACAGCAUCUGCGCAUGCUGUUCAUAAUGAAGAGUCCCUCUGUGACUUGAAACUAGUAGAGCUUUUCUCCAUUAAUGUACGUGAGUAAAUUAGCCGUGAUUUUAUUUAAGUUUCUCAUUUCGUUUGUUAUUAUCAUAGUUGCCAUCAAUUUUAAACAUGCUACAAAUAAUGUUGUUUUCAAAACAACUAACGUAUUCAUAAUACGUAAUACUAGCUGGUGCCCGCGGCUUCGCUUGCGUGGAUUACUGAUUUUGUGGCUAAAUAAUAAUUCCAAAAUAAAAUAAUACAAUUUUUUGCGCAACUUCGUCGUCAGCAUAGAAUAUUUUCUUGUAAUUUUCUAAAAUAAAAAUGGCCUAAGUUACUAACUAAUACAAUUGUCAUCAAAAUCCGUCCAGCCAUUUCAGAGAUUGGCCGGAACAGGCAGACAGACGCAAAUUGCAAACAAUAUUAAUUUGUAUGUAUGUUUCGUAGGUAUUAGUAAAAAGCGGUAAUUUCAAUAUUAUAAACAGACACUCCCAAUUUAAUCUAAUUCGAUUGCUAUUGCGAUGCACUAGUGUCCAGAGUAUCCGUAUUGCGUGGAUAUUGAUUGAACUAAAUGGUAUUAAGUUUGGAUUUUUAUUCCGUACUCUGAAUGUUAUUUUAACAGCUACGAUUGGGGUUGUAUAGUUUUUACAUUGGAUAAUUUUUGAGAUUCUCUUGAAAUUGCAUUGACAUUGAAAUUGGUUUUAAGAGAAAGCCUACAAACCCUACCCUAGAAUAUCCUUAAAACAACGAUUUUUCAAAUACAUAUUGCCAUAUUAUACAUAAUACUUCUCAACGAUAAGAUAAUAUAUGAAAGUAGACUACUAUUAAUAAGAUAUUUAUAUGCCCCUCAUCAUCAACGCAUUUGUGGGUGAAACCGCGAGCAUGAACUAGUAUUGUAAACGCAUUAUUAAUAUAUUUAAGUUCACUUGUGAUAUAUAUUAAUUUAAAUAGCUUUUCUAAUCGCUAGUGUUAGAACGCGGAGCUAAUGUCCAACUGUUUAUAUGUCUACUUGAGUUAUGAAAUAAAAUGCACUAACUAUUAUAUAAA